AUGCUCUGCAUUAAGUAUAGUGGUAUCCAGCGUAUAUUUGAAAAACCAACAUUUGUAUACAAGCUGUACGAAUAUCAUGACAUUCACUUUGGUAGUCGCCUUCUUAAUGUUAGUCUCUAUGUCGAAUUAUCGCACCCAGAUAACUCCAUACCAGUGAACCGGUUUGUAACUCCGCUUCAUAUCGUACCUGAAUGGUACUUUUUAGCAUAUUAUGCGGUGUUAAAAGUAAUCCCAUCCAAAACCGGUGGUUUGUUAGUAUUUAUGUUAUCAACAUGUCAUAUGAAAUAUCAACAACGAUGA